ACUAUUUACACAACAACAAUUUCAUUUGCAGAUAAAAUAGUGCACUUUUUACUUGGCAUCCUAUCAUCAUUAAAUUAACGUAUUAACAAAAAAAAUGACGCUUCCGGAAAUCUUUGGCUGUGGCUUCAUCGCAUUCGGUACACCAUUAGCGAUGUUUGUUUUCACAAUAGCAAAUGAUUCCAUACGAAUAAUUAUCCUCAUCGCUGCCGCCUUCUUUUGGCUACUAGCACUUCUGGCAUCUGCCUUGCUGUGGUUUGCUCUGGUACCAUUGAGAGAUUACUUGUGGUUCGGUGUAACAUUUUCAGUGCUAUUUCAAGAAGGAUUUCGCUACAUUAUCUAUCGUAUUCUGAGACGCACUGAACAAGGACUUCAAGCGGUAUCUGAUAAUCCGGGUAUAAUCGAAAAUAAGCAUAUUCUGGCUUAUGUGUCCGGUCUUGGAUUCGGUAUAAUAUCUGGCAUGUUUGCAUUGGUCAAUUUACUUGCGGAUUUGUCGGGUCCGGGUACUAUGGGUCUUAAAGGCGGAUCGGAAGUGUUCCUAAUAACUUCGGCGAUACAAGCUCUCGCAAUGAUCCUACUUCAUACUUUCUGGAGUGUUAUAUUUUUCAAUGCUUUUGAUAUCAAUAACUACUUUCAUAUAGCUUACGUCAUCAGCACGCAUCUCUUCGUAUCGCUAAUAACAUUACUCAACGCACAAGGGAUGUACGCAGCCACAUUAUUGCCCACCUACAUAAUAUUGUUAGCGUCAGCGGUUUUGGCAUUUAAAGUAGCCGGAGGAAGCAAAAUUUCGCUUGUUCGAUUUGUAAAGUGUCAAUGAGACGAGAAGAUAUCUGUAUUAAUCUAUACUGAUGUAUUUAAACACUGUUGGCAUUGACUAUAAAUGUAACUGCAAUCAAUUCAUUUAGACUGCUGAGGCGACCAAGCUGCUAAACUAAUUUUUAAGAUGAUCAACUUUACUCAUUUAUUUUCCGACUUUAUUUCGAUAUGAAAAGACAGUGUUAAUAACGUACAAUAAAAGAAGCCAUGAUAAUUCA